UUCGCCAGUCCCGCUUUCCCUGUCCAUCGGUGCCGGCGGUGUGAGGACCGCUGCAUGCAACAGCCUGAAGUAGAGGGCUCUGGACAUCUUCCUUCUGCUCAAGCUCUCCCGGAGGACCUCACGGCUACUUCUGGCUGCAGGAAAAUGUACUGGGGAAAUUAUGUUAGAAUUCUUUUCACUGUGACUCUGGUCUGGCAGGCUGUUCAUUUAGAAAAAAGCCCUGUAAAAGAAGAAUGGAAAGAAGUUGUGAAAGGUCUCAAUGCUACAGCACAAUUGCAGCAGCCCAAGUACGAAGGGACAUUUACAAAUGCGCUCAGUGAUAUGAAUCAGAGUUACGAAAGUAGAAAGCAACAGAGUUCCAGGUCUUUAGUACCUUUCACUGGAAUUACAGAGAGUAAAAAACUGAACAGACGCUGCUGCCAGAAUGGAGGGACUUGUAUCCUGGGGACCUUCUGUGCCUGCCUGAAGCACUUCACCGGCAGAUACUGUGAAUAUGACGAGAGGCUAGGCAGAAACUGCGGCAGCAUUCCCCACGGCGUCUGGGUGCUGAAGGACUGCUGGCUUUGUCGGUGUGGCUAUGGUACACUGCACUGUCUCUCAGAAAUAAGGCAGAGUAACUGCGAACUGACAUCGGAAACAGAGGAAAUUAUCAGACUGUAUUCUAAUGGUUUAAGAUUACAGCAAACAGUGUUUUCAGUCACUUGCCUGCUCGCCAUCCUCUGGAGUGCUGCUAGCUGGCAGCUGUGAAACUGGACAAGGGGAAAUACUCAGGGUUGAUGGAACCCUCACCAUGAAUCAUACAUUUCUUCUAUGAGCUACAGAAGACUCUUCUACCUGCAUGUUGGAGGCAGAUUAAGAUGUAUUAGUUAAUGCUGAAAUACCUGGGUUAUUAUAAAUUGAGAUUAUAUGAAUAUGAAGUAUUUAUUAUUAUAUUAUUAUAUUAAUACUGCUAUCAAUGUCUGAUUCUAACGAUUCUUUAUUUUCAAAAUACUGCUCUUCCAGUGGAAGCAACCCCCCCAAUAUUCUAUGCCUGAAGUAUUGUAAGUUAUAGUAAUUUCUUUUGUACACAGUACAACUCUUAUAACAAAUAAAACUUAUUGCAUUUC